UUCACUUCGUCCCACUUCGUUCCGUAGAAAGACAAACAGGCAGCUGCAAAAUGAUGGAGGCACGACGUCUCGAACGGCAGCGCCGCUUAUUGGCCAUGCGCACCGCCGCCCCCUCACUGCCCUCCAGCCAGGAGGAGGAGUUCAACCUGCGACUGGUGGACCUGUACAAGGAGCAGCCCUGCCUGUGGAACACCUCGCUGCCGGAGCACGGGGAUGCGGAGCUGAAGCGCAGCGCCUGGGAGAAGAUCGCCGCCCAGAUGGGCAGCCACCUGAGUGCCGAAUUCGUACGCUGCCGGGUGCGCAGCAUGCGCUACCACCUCAAUGUGUACAAGCUGCAGAGGAUCGAGUACGACAUGACCCCCGGAGUGGGAAGUGAGCCGAAGAAGCCCUUCUUCGUUGACCGCUUCGCCUUCUUGGACGCCAAUAUCAGUGCCCCCGAAAGGGACGCAGAGCCCGAUUCAAAACCCGAGGAAGAAACUGAUAAGUACGCGAAACUCUUGGCAGGAUUCAAGCUGAAGUCCCUGGCCAGGCGUGAGUCCGGUGCUGGGAACCCGGAGGAACGUCGCUCGGGACCGAGCAUCAUCGGAAUGGUGAGGAGGCGCUUGGAGGGACAGCUGAAGCCUCUCGAGUUCACCAUGCCACGUCUGUCCAUUUCACAAAUGCAACGGAGCAUGGUUAAGAAUCGGGUGCUGGACCAGAGCACUUCGGCUAGUUCCCUGGAGGUCCUUUCCGAGACACCGCCGGCACUGCAGGCCCUUCCCGGCGACUCCAUAUCCAAGACCAAGCUGGCCCAGAAGAAGCUGCAAGGGGAUCGGGACAGCGAGAGGCCGACGACCUCGAGGAUGGCCUCCGUCCUGGAGGACGACAACCAGUCGGAGGAUGAGGAGCUGUACAGCCUGCACUGGAGUGUCCGCAGGGAGCAGCGAUCGCGUCGUCCUGGACAGGAUCAGCGACAGAAGAUGCCAGCCGGUUUGCGCUCCUUUCGGUCCAGCGAACCCACUCCAGAUAUCUUUUAGGAAUCUUCAUUUAUUCAAUUUACAAAAAGGAAGAUCUAUGACGGCCCAUAAAAGCCCACUACAAAACCAAUUCAUUGAUAAAUCAAGAAAUUAGAGAAACAUUUCAGGUCUUAAGGUACAACUAAAUUAUCCAAAUAAUAUAUGAUCCAGAAUUGCAGUUUCCUGCUGUCAAUGUUUAUUUUGACAUUUGUGUCCAUCAAGAAAAUUGAACAUAAAUCAAAAAGGCAACCCAAAGUCUUCCUUUGUUAAA